AUGUCUCUUGUUCCUACUACUUCCACAGUCAAGGUCUCCAAUGGAGUCAAUGUCUGGUACAGAGAAGCCGGCGACCGUGCCAAGCCUACUUUUUUGUUGCUUCAUGGAUUCCCCACCUCGUCUAUUAUGUACCGUAACUUGAUUACUAUUCUGGCUCCUCACUUCCAUGUCAUUGCUCCUGAUCUCCCUGGAUACGGGUUUACUGAGGUUCCUGACAAGUUCGAGUAUACAUUUGCUAACUUGACGGAUACGAUUGAACUUUUUGUAGAUGCUAUCAAGUUGACCAAGUUUGCUAUUUAUAUUUUCGACUAUGGUGCUCCAGUCGGUCUGCGUCUGGCUUUGAAACGUCCUCAUCAGAUCACUGGCAUCGUGACUCAGAACGGUAAUGCUUAUGACGAGGGUUUGGAUCAUAAAUUCUGGGGUAUUAUUGAAGAGUACUGGAAGACUGAUGCUAAUAACACCAAAUAUAUCCAAGGUCUCAGUCAGUUUGUCGAGGAUCCUAAGAAUAUCAAGGACCAGUACAGUGUCGGAUUCACCAACCCUACUUCUGUCGAUCCUACUCCUUACUACCUUGACAAGGCGCUUAUUGAGCGACCUGGUCAAACUAAAAUCCAAGUGGCUCUUUUCUACGACUACCAGAACAACGUCAAACUGUACCCCCAAUUUCAGGAAUACUUCCGCAAGUCCAACGUCCCCGUCCUCGCUACUUGGGGCAAGAACGACUACAUCUUUGCCCACCCAGGUGCCGAAGCCUACAAGAGAGACGUGAAAAACAUUAAAGUCAAGUACUACGAGACCGGCCACUUCGCUCUCGAAGAGUUCGUCAAUGAGAUCGGCGCCGACAUCAUCGACUUCUUCGGCCCCAUCCUCCACUAA